CUAGCGGUUGGAGGAGCGCACAGACAGACACAAGUAGUUUAGUUACAUUGUUGGUGAGUUUGCUACAACUCCCAGUGCCUGGCCUCUGCCUGUGCCGGAUUGUUGUUACUACUGCUGCUGCUCCCUGCAAGCUGGGAUCCCCCGCUUUACUCCUGGACUGCUUGUGAAUUGCAGACCCCAGACUGCCCUCCUCACCACAAGGCGCAGGGCAUGAGUUAACCAGAGAUGGACACAAAACAUUUCCUGCCACUGGUUUAGAGAACUGUAAGUGCACUCUACAGACUUCACAGGCCUAGCCCUUCCACAUCUUUUCCUUACUGGCCUCGGCAGCAGUGAUAAGAAACUGCAAAACAAUGCAAGUUCUGUUUAAAAAAGACAGUGGCUACUCGUGUUUACUCCAGUCUGGAAUGGCUUCUCCAAAUAAGUUGUGGGAUUUUUCCACCCAGGUUAAUUCCUCGUCACUGAACUCCCCGAGUGGCCGAGGGUCUAUGAACGCUCCUCUUCUUCAUCCGUCUCUCAGUAACUCUGGGCUAAGCCCCUCUCUUGGAUCACCUGGUCAACUGCACUCACCCCUAAGCUCUCCACUCAAUGGAAUGGGUCCCCCUUUCUCCGUUAUCAGCCCACCCCUGGGCCCAACUAUGUCAAUGCCUUCCACCCCGACUAUGGGUUAUGGGACUGGCAGCCCACAUCUUCACUCCCCCAUGAACUCGGUCAGCAGCUCAGAAGACAUCAAACCUCCUCCAGGAAUCAACGGAAUGCUUAAAGUUCCAGGACAUCUCUCAGGAAAUAUGGCGUCCUUCACCAAACACAUCUGCGCUAUCUGCGGCGACCGAUCUUCAGGUAAACAUUACGGAGUGUAUAGCUGUGAGGGCUGCAAAGGGUUCUUCAAAAGGACAGUACGAAAAGACCUCACCUACACCUGCAGGGACAACAAAGACUGCCUGAUAGACAAACGGCAGCGGAACCGGUGUCAGUACUGCCGAUACCAGAAGUGUCUUGCUAUGGGCAUGAAGAGGGAAGCUGUCCAGGAAGAGCGGCAGAGGGGGAAAGACAGAAAUGAGAAUGACGUAGAGUGCUCUAGUAGCGCCAACGAAGAUAUGCCCGUAGAGAAAAUCCUAGAGGCCGAGCUCGCUGUGGAGCCAAAGACAGAGACUUAUAUUGAAGCAAAUAUGGGCCUCACUCCAAACUCUCCGAGUGAUCCCGUCACCAACAUUUGCCAAGCAGCAGACAAACAGUUGUUCACUUUAGUUGAAUGGGCUAAAAGAAUCCCGCACUUCUCAGAGCUACCAUUGGAUGACCAAGUUAUCUUGCUUCGGGCAGGUUGGAAUGAGCUCCUAAUUGCCUCAUUUUCCCACCGAUCGAUAGCAGUAAAAGACGGUAUUCUCCUCGCUACUGGCCUCCACGAACAUCGGAACAGCGCCCACAGUGCAGGAGUGGGUGCCAUCUUUGACAGGGUUCUCACAGAAAUUGGUGUCCAAAUGCGAGAUAUGCAGAUGGAUAAAACAGAACUGGGCUGCCUGAGAGCCAUCGUCCUCUUUAACCCAGACUCAAAAGGUCUCUCAAAUCCAUUAGAAGUAGAAGCUCUGCGCGAGAAGGUCUAUGCAUCGUUAGAGGCGUACUGCAAACACAAAUACCCUGAGCAGCCGGGGAGGUUUGCAAAGCUUCUGUUGCGCCUUCCAGCUCUCCGAUCUAUCGGCCUCAAAUGUUUGGAACACCUCUUCUUUUUCAAGCUAAUAGGAGACACACCCAUUGACACAUUCUUAAUGGAGAUGCUUGAAGCUCCCCACCAAAUGACUUAAGAGGAGCAAGGGUUUUGCUUCCAUGUGUUAAGGGACAUAGACUCUUCAUCUGAUGCCCUCAAAGAAACUGCAGUCUCCUCUUCACUUACGUCUGAGACCCCCAACCUCAUGUCACAUGUGCACCUUGACGCCAUUCACCAAGCAAGCAAGAAAUAUGCUCUUAUAUCAGCAAGUCACUAUGGACGUCUGAGAUGUGCGCAGGCUGGACUUGCCUUCUUUUUUCUGGAAGAGAUGACAUUAUUGCUGAAGCUUCAGUUACUGUUGUAGAUUUGGCUUUUUUUGUGGGCCCCUUUUGGAUGCUGGUAUUUGAAAUAGAAAACCGCACAGAUCUUUUGAGGGUGAAUGUAUUUUUAUAUGUUGUAAAGAAAAACAAACUAAAAAAACCCAGAAACGUGGGAUACAAUUUUCUGAUCUCAGACUCUCUAGAGAAAGAGCAGUCGUCAUUAAGUGGAGAGGGAAAAGUCUGAAGAUAUCCAGAACAAACUUUGAAAAUUUCAUCUCCAUCAUGGCGGUUGUAUUUAAUGCUUAUUCCACAGGCGAGAGAUUAUAUGUGGGGCAUUUCCCAUACUUGAUGUUAGGCCUUAAUUAUGAACGAACAAAUCCAUCUCAAACAGAGCUCAUUUUGAUUUAAUUUCAGUCUUUUAUUGUGAUAACUAGGCCAUUCAGCUGGACUGCUGUAUCCUGUGGUAUAAUGUUUAAGAGUGGGAUGUUGAUUCCACAAUUUAAUUUAUCAUCUUAGUAACACCAUGGGUUAUUGUAUCAUUGUUCAUUGGCGCUUUGGAUACAGGCACUACAGGAAUAGUUUAUUACUAUGUCUGCUUGACUUAGUGGAUACCAGGGCUGGGAUUUGCUGCCUCAAUAAUGAUUGUGAACAGUAGAAAUCAGGAUUUAACACCAUGGGUUUCAUUUUUGGUGAAACUCAUCUUUCAGAUCUUAUUGCUAGUGAGGGUCUUAGAGCGUCACUAAUGCUCAGUAACCAUAGUAGUUGUUAUUGAGGCAGCCAAUCCAGGUCUCUUUCCUAAAAAAAGAUGUAAAUUUGUAAAUGUGCCCUUCUUUAAGGAUUCUUAAUCCCGUUAGAGAGUGUUGAAACCAAAACAGGUGUUAAAUUGUUACUGUCUCAAAUGGCGGAAGACUGAACUGCACCUACAGUAGCGAGAGGACAUUGUAAAUCCAGCACUAUGCUGAGAACCAUGUUGCUGGGCUCCAUAUGUUUAUGGAUGUUUACUUAUAAGCCUAGUUCUAAUGCCAUUAGGUCCCAUGUCACAAGCUGUAUACAACGAGGGAAUCUGCAGCUGGAUAUACUUGUGUCUGGUUAUCUCUAGAGAGUGCACGGAGGAUCGUAACUAGAACACAACCCACACUAUAGGGAUUAAUAUAGACAGGAAGAUAAGGAAAUAGUAAAGCUCUUGUCAUUUUUAUUUUUAUUAUUUUACAGGGUAGGUCAGUGCACACUUUGCAUUAGUCAAAAGAACUGACCUUUAUUUUUCAUUUUCUUGUAAAGCAUAAAAUGGUCUAUGUAUAUUUUCCAAAGAUACUCGUUUUCUCUCUUCUUUCUCACUGUCUGGCUGUUUCAGGACAGUGAAUGACUGCUUCCGUGAAGCUUUUUCUCUGCCUGCAAUUGGUCAAGUACUGCAAAUACAGUCGCUUUACCUCUUCUGAGAACCUUAUUGUAAAUUUCCAAACGUACCACAGGUAACCUCAUCAGGAUCACACAAUAAAACCCCCUGCUUACCUGAGAGGGGUUUGACACAUUGUUACUUGAUUCAAACACUCUUUGGUAAGCAAGGGGUUAAACAUCAUAACCUUACCCUCCCCCCCAAUUAAAGUGCAAUGUCACAGCAGUUUGCUUUUCAUUUUAUUCCCCCGGGGACAUAUUGUAUAGCCAUAGAUUGUUUAAAGGGAUACAAAAUUGAAACCUGCAUGGCUGCAUUUCAAAUCUAAAUAUAAGCAGUUUUCCAAUAUACUACUAUUAGCAAACAUGCUCCUAGUAAAAGUCAUUACUGUUUUUCAGUGGCAUAUGCACGUAUGCUUUGGGGACCCAUGCACCAGAAUUUAGGCACCGCACCUUCAUAGAGUCAGCAGUGUCUUGUAUAACACAAAUUAAAUCUUCACAGGCACAGUACAUAACCGCCACCAGCAAUCUGCGCUUAAAUACUGGUGAAUGGGCCCUCGUAGCAUAUGUGCGUAUGCCACUGACAAACAGCAAUAUCUUUUUACUAGAAGCAUUUGAGCUAACAAAAAUAUAUUGCAAAAGCGCUUUCAUUUAAAUUGAAAUGCAGUCGCAAAUGUCGAUGUUGAUUAUUCUAUCGCUUUAAAAUGUAGAGACCAACCAGUAUCUCAAAAUGCAGUAAUUGCAUCGGUGUCACAGUAAAACACCUUUUAUCUCCUUGCAAUGAAAACCAGAGGACAAAUGAUUUUUCUUUGCUUCUCUGUUUAAAGAUGAAAAAAUAUUUCCGUUUUCUAUUUUACAAUGAGUUGCUGAUGAAAUAUCACAGGCAGGGGGUUGUUUUCUGCCUUCAUUUGCAGCAGAAUAGUACUGUGGUUGUUGGAUUCUGUAGUGCAUCACCCUAGCAAUAGCUGCACACGAUCCACAGAACAAUACAUUUAUUUUAAAUAAACAUUCAGGAAACGGAUAGUGCAUGCAUUUACUUCUCUUGCUAUCCUUUGUUGCAGAGUAAACCAAGGUAGGCUGAUAGGAUCUCAUAAAUGUGUACGUGUCUUUAGCAAUCUGUGGUAGUAGUGUUUGAAACAAUGUAUAACAUUGCACCACAUACAGCUGCUAUAAUAUGCACUCCCGAGCCCCUAUGAGCCAACCUAGGUUUUCUCUUCUAUAAACAUACCCAGAGAACAAAGUAAAUUAAUAAUAGAAGUAAAUUGAUAAAUGACAAUGUUAAAGGGACAGUACAGUCAAAAUGAGACAUUCAUGAUUUAGGUAGAACAUACAAUUUGAAACAACUUUCCAAUUUAUUUCUAUUAUUUAAUUUGCUUCCUUCUCUUGUUAUCCUUUGCUGAAAAGUUUAUCUAGAAAAGCUCAGGAGCAGCAAAGAGCCUAGGUUCUAGCUGCUGAUUGGUGGCUGCAUAUACAUGCCUAAUGUCAUUGGCUCACCCGUGUGUUUAGUUAGAAACCAGUAGUGCAUUGCUGCUCCUUCAACAAAUGAUACCAUGAGAAUGAAGCAAAUUUGAUAAUAGAAGUAAGAUGUUUAAAAUUGUAUGUUCUAGCUAAAUCAUGAAAGAAUAUUUUUGGGUUUCAUGUCCCUUUAAGCAUCAGAAAAAAAUAAAACUAAACAAAGGAUACAGUCUCGGCACAAGCAUUAUAAAUUAUUAUUAGUGCACCUUCUGCUGACAAAUAUUACACAAUCCCUUGAUAAAUGAUAUAGUGUCUAUAAAUAUUUUAUUUUUAAAGAUAAUUUAUUGGCAUAAAGUAGGGGACAAAAAGGAAAUAAAUAAUAAUUCUGCUAUAAUCUUGGCAUAAUAUCUUGCCCUUUACGUUGGCUUUAUUUUGUACUAACCAUCUCUGGUAAUCUUGAGCCUGGUGUAAUAUAAUAAAAAGCACGUGCACAUGCUCCGGUAUCUACUUCAUCAGUCUAUAUACUAAGGGUUAAUACUAUCAUGCUCGGCUUUUCAUUGCAAUUAGAUAAUCUACAGCGAUGCUACCCAGAAACAAUUCUAGUCACUGUCUGAAACCUACAAAGUGCAGUUCUGCUUUCUUUCCUGAUUUAACCCACGAUCUACAAAGCUGGUAGUGAAGGAUUUUAAAAUACAUUAAUUGGACAAUAAUAGGGAAAUAUUGAUAGGGGGUUAACUUACUUAAAUCUUCUACUGAUUUGACUGGUGUGGAUAUUGUGCACUUAGGUAAAUUAUCCCCAAUACAUUACUCAGGUACCCUUUAUAUAUUGUGGAAUAUUGUGUUUGUUUUGAAACAUUGGCAUUCCAGUAUAACUAAAAUGCACUUAGACAUUUAUUCAUUAAAAUAUAUAUAUUAAUACAGAUAGCUCAUUAAAGAGACAUGGAAAGCAGACAUUUUCUUACAUGCAUAUAAAAAAGCAGUAUCCAAGAAUGUCAUCAUUUUUGUCUAAAAAAUACUUAAGUACAAGCUGUUUAAAUGUAAUGAUACUGCAGUAUUAAGGCUCAUUGGUUGACUGAGGCAAUUCCCACAGUUCUUAUUAGUUGAGAAGUUCCCACAAGUGCAAUUAGAAAAAAACUAAAAAAACUGUGAAAUGUUAUAAAAUAACCUUAUUUAGAUGCAACCAAGAAAAGUUGUCCAUGUCUCUUUAACAUUGUUAUGUGUUGUUAAAAGACCAAGAGAAUACCCCACUCUUCUCUAUGGGGACUGUCAUUAAAUAAAUUGUGGAAAACUGUUUUGUAUCUGAGAUGUUAAUUAGAGGUGUACUCCUUACUAGCUACAAAGCACUGUAUGUAGAUCUGCUGGGUCUGGUCAAUACAAUGUUAAAGGGACAGUCAAGUCCAAAAAAAACUGCUGUUAGCUGAAGACCCGUUUAGACGGAAUCUUCUAUUUGGUUAGAAGAAAUGGGUAUCCAACAUUAUCACCAAAAAUAAUUCACUUUUAUAAUAAUCUUGUAAAAUAAAGAUGUUUUUUUUUAAUUAUUUCUAUUCCAAUGGGGGGAAAAAGGUAUUGCAAGUUUGUUUGGAGCCUAAUAAUUUGCAUUACAGCAGACACAAACCUUUGUAAAACCAGAGUAUGGAUUUAUUAUCUCUUUGCUGCUCUGCUAGUUAAAAAUAGGAUUGAUUUAUUUUAUAAUCUUCAUUAAUCUGCCUUCCUGUGCAAUCAGACCUGUCUAUAUACUGUAUGUGCAUGUUUCUAAUACAUUUUGUGCAGCACAAAGAUCAAGUACUGCCUAAGCAAUGCUGAUCAUAUGAAUCAAAAAGGCCUGUUCAAUUAAUUCUUUAAUGACUAUGUGCCUUACAACAUAAAACUUUAGGCAUGAGUAAGUUCAAUAAGAACCCGUUAUGAGAAGCCUUAUAUCAAGAUUAAUACCCCUAGGCAAUAACUACUAAUAUGUAUGUGCCUUAAAACAUGUGACAUUGUCUGAGCUAAAUCCCCUUAGCCUAUUAUUUUCUCAGAGGAAAAAUCUGAUUAUUUUUUUUUUAAACAGUGAUCUACUCAGAUACCAUCAUAAUGUGAUGAAGAAUGCCUUAAUUUCCAAAUAGCCAACACUUACAUUACAUCUGAUUUUCUGGAAGUAUCCCAACUUUUUAAAAUGUAUUUAAACUGAGAAAUAUAAAUUAGGGAUAUAAAUAAAUAAAUAAAUAAAAAAUAAAUAAAUAUAUAUAUUAUUCCACUUGUAGAAUAUAUAUAUAUAUAUAUAUAUAUAUAUAUAUAUAUAUAUAUAUAUAUAUUUUAUUUAUUUAUUUUAAAGGCUACUAUACUUAUAAUGAAAACUUGACAUUUCUUCUGAUAAAAAAAAAGAGUUAAACACAAAUGUGUUUACCAGUGUUUUUUUUAGAUAGUGUAAUAAAGAAUUACUGUUUGAUUAGAAAAUAAAUCAAAUAAAAAAAAAAUAUAUAUAUAUAAGACUCCCCCUCUGUUAUUGUGCAAAGUCUCCGUUAUAAGGUACAGAAAUUAGAAAAAAAAGUUACAUAUGAUUUUAAUUUUCCCAUCUCAGUAUCCCAAAUUAUAGACAGGAAAACAUAAUCAUUUAAUUUAAUGAGCUCUCAAAAUCCAAAGCUAAAUAUGUUAAUUCAUUACUAUUUUUCUUUCAUCAAUUAUUUUUUAAACUAAACCUUACAAAUCACAUGUGGAAAUUAUGGAAGGUUUUUACAUCUUUCUUCAAAUCUAGGCAUUGCAGCAAAGAGAUUUUAUUUUAGUUCUUGAACGUUUUUAUGCAGUGCUUUCUAGUAGUAAAUACCAAUCAACACCAGUCCAAAAUAUGUAAUAUAAUGCACCAGUUUUAAAGGUGCUGCCAGGGAAAUAUAUAUAGGAGGUCAGCAUUAAAGUUCAUACAUAGAUUGAUAGUGAUUUUAUGUAAAAAGUUACCAGAAUUUUUUUUAAAUGUUUAGGAGAAAAAGAAAAAGAAAAAAAUAUUAGGUUAAAAAUUUAAAGUAAAAACAAAAUAAUCUAUUUUUAUAUGGAUGUAUGUUUUAUCCCUGUUUAUUGUAGGAUUUGUAUUUCUAACAAUUUAUUUCAGCAGUCUGUCCUUUUUGUUUUAUGUUCUGCUGGCGGGAACUGUUUGAGAGCCAUAUACGCUAAAUUUUUUUUAAAAAUAAAUGAAAUAAUGAAGACAGCACUUUCUAUCUGUGAUUUUAAACUGCAUUAAUUAGACACUACACAAGUCGUCGUUAGAAUGUUCAGAUUGAUUACAUUGUUAUAAAUAAAGCUUGCCACUAAUGGAAUAGAAUGUAAGAUGCUUGUAUCAGAAAAACUGUAGCUAUGGACUGUUGGGCUGAUAACAGAUUUGUUUAUAAGGACGUCCUAUGCAAUUAAAGAGUGUUUUUAAAAAAAGUAAGUGGGGAAAAAAUAUUGUGUGCAUCCUGGGUUUUUUUUUUUUAGUUGGUCAGAUUAAAGGUAACAGACAGAUUAGUCCUAAUUUAAAAAUUGUUACAGAUAACUUUGUUGUUGAUAUUUUAUAUAUUUUUGUUGUCUCUUUCCAUUUAGCCUGGAACUAUAUGGUUAAUACAAACAGUAAUCCCGCCAGGUUUUGCCUUUUUUUUUUUUAACAAAGAAAAAAAAAAAAAGCUAAAAUCAAAAUCCUGCCAUGGGAAGUCGUCCCCAAUGCCACUUUAAUAUGCUGUGUUCAUAUUACUGCCUUUCUGCUCAGCUCUGUUUUACUGUGAAUCACUUCUGCACACAUAAACUUCUAAAUGAUGAAAAUGCAUUGGAAAUGAGAGUAUUUUCUUGAUAAAUAAUGGUAUUAGAAUUGUAAACAAAAUGAGCAUUUUUCAAUAUAAAUACAAGUUCAAGUUGGAA